UCGACUGGCUUGAAGCGAUGCAGUGAUGCAUAUGCAUGUGUAGCACAGCUGGGGGCACGUUGUCCGUCAAACGUCCUCGGCGCGGAUGAGAAUGGAAAGGGGUGUUUUGAGCGACUCGUUUGCGGGAUUCGCAGGCCCUGGUCUCGUGUCCUGGGCCAUGGCUUGGCUUGCUCAUGGUCAUCAUUCGCUUUCGCGCCCGUAAUACAAAAAGCUUCCUCCCUGACCUGAUGCGACGAACAUGUUCCGGGGUCUGGGGUUUUUGUGAAGCUGGGGGCCCAGAGGGGGCAGGCCGGCAAUGGCGGGGUUGUAACCCUGAGAGGUCCAGACAGAGCUUGGCUAAGGACAGGUCAGGUCCUCAAGGCGUCCCAUCAUACGGACCGAGGACAUGUUGGCUCGACAAAUGACCUGGUCUUUGGUUUGUUGAUGACAGGAACCCAUGUAUCUAGCUACAUUGAUACGAACGGAAUCAUCUUUGCUACA